UCUUAAAAAUGUUUAAUAAAAAAGAAUAUAAAUAUAUAUGUGUGGAUAUGUGAAGCUCAUCAACAUAAACAAUAAUGGCACAAAAUUCUCAGAACACACAAACACAAACACUCCAACAACAACUUCUCAUCAACGGCGGCCACACGCCGGAAAGUUAUAUUUACAAAGGCGGCUACCACGGCGGAGGUUCCAACAAUAAUACUCCACUUCCACUGGCAGAGAUUCCGGUCGUUGACCUUUCUCAACUUUCAUCGCCGUCUGCCGGCGAGGGUCCGUUGAACGACCUCCGUUUGGCUCUUAGUACUUGGGGAUGCUUUCAGGCUAUUAAUCACAGCAUUUCAAGUUCAUUUUUGGAGAAGAUGAGAAAAAUAAGUGAGCAAUUUUUCUCAUUGCCCAUUGAAGAGAAGAUGAGAUAUGGAAGAGAAGUUGAUGGAAUGGAAGGAUAUGGGAAUGAUUUAAUUCUUUCAGAACAACAAAUUCUAGAUUGGUCUGAUCGUUUAUAUUUCGUGACAAAUCCUGAAGAUGAAAGACGUCUCGAGCUUUGGCCUUUAAAUCCUCCAUCUUUCAGGGAAGAUUUAGAUGAGUAUACAGUAAAAAUAAUGGAAAUAAUUGAGACGGUGCUGAUAGCCAUGGCAAGUUCCCUAGACGUGGAGCCCAAUAGCUUUACCGAUCAGGUAGGGAAGCGACCAACUUUACUCACAAGGUUCAAUUUCUAUCCCCCGUGUUCGACGCCACAUCUUGUUCUUGGACUCAAAGAACACUCCGAUGGUUCAGCUAUCACCAUUCUUCUACUCGACAAACAAGUUGAAGGCCUCCAAUUGCGAAAGGAUGAUCAGUGGUAUAGAGUACCUGUUCCUGCCAUUGCUGAUUCUCUCCUCAUCAUCAUUGGGGAACAAGCCGAAGUUAUGAGCAAUGGAAUCUUCAAGAGCUCUAUUCAUCGGGCGGUGACGAAUUCAGAGAGGCAGAGGAUUUCAUUGGUGUGUUUCUGCUGCCCAGAAAAAGAUAUUGAGAUCAAGCCAAUCGAGGGGCUGAUCGACGAGAAGAGACCGAGAUUGUUCAAAAGUGUGAAGAACUAUUUGGAAACUUAUUUUCAGAACUACCAAAAGGGACGGAGACCAGUUGAUGGAUUGAGGAUUUAGAGUCUGUGUUUCUGUGUUUCUGUGUGUUUGUAAGAUGGAACAUAUAACUUAUUUCAGUGAUUCCUAAGCUUUUACCACAUCAGAAUAAAAGUAUGAAACUGGCAAGGUUGUCUCCCACUAUAUCAACUCCUCUAUCUUUGUUUCCAAAAACUAUAUUUGGUUCGCCUUUGAAAAUCUCAAUGAUUGAUGUA